AUGUCCAACAAUCCUGCUCCAUAUAACAUCAAUCCACUUAAACCCCAUAUAGCGCUACCUUUUCCUCCUGUUCCUGGCAAGCUCAGCGGCAUCAUCUGCAGUUCUGAGAAUUUCCGGUUGAGACCCUGCCAUUCAACUGUAUAUUUUAAACCACGCAAACAACCCUACGCUCCUCUGAUUGGCAUUAGGUAUUGGCUGGACAGGUUCUCAUCCGAAAUUCUAGCACACAACAGGCAGUUUGGCCGAGUCAAUCGAAACAUUCAAAACCCCGUUGUUCUCUCUGACAACCACAACUUUCAGGACAGUCACAUCGGAAUGGACUUUGGUCAUUUGCUUAAUAGUUUUACCCCCGCGACUCCACCUCCUACCCAACCAACUCGCCCCAAUCCCCCAGACCGAGUACUGCCCACCCACUGUCGCGGCUACUUAGGACGUUUUGCUGAAGGACAUCUGUUGUUGAAGAACAACAAAUGUUCAAUCAAAGCCUGCUAUCAUUGUUGCAACGAACUCAACACCGAUUCUGUCUGUCGCACUCAUGCUUCCCAGUCUAAGCGUAAAGUGAAAGAGGCACAACAACAACAACUUGAAGCCGCGCCUCCCAAUGGUUCAAACUCCAACAAUGUUGGCUCAACCUCCAACAGUUAUUCAGAGACGGCACCGACUCAAGCAGGACGUCUUUACACUAGAAAACUUACUUCUCAAGAACUUGAUAAGUUCAAGACGUUGGCCAUUGAGAAACAGGUGUUUGAAAGGUUGCAUAAGGCAAGCCUAAAUACGGCAAAGAAGAACAUCACACUUUUGUUGUGGUCAAAUCCCAAUACUGAACCACACGGAUUGUUAGCCCACGCCCCUCAAUGGCCGUUACUAGCUUUGGAUGAGUCUGAAGACCUCAUGAAGGUUGUUCAGGAGACACUCGGUAAUCAACUUCGACAUAGCUUACAUGUUUGGAAUGAGCACGACGAAAUAUGGCUUCUUACUCCGACCAACAUGAUACAAUCUUACGCUUCAGACCGCCGUAAAAUUCUGAUACUAUUGCCCACUGUCAAUGAAUUGGACUGCAAGGGUCUAGAAUUACACAAGGUUCAAAUGGCCGCCUCACUUACCAAGGGCUCAAUGGAUCUUUGUUACUUUCUAACUCCAUCUUCAUCUAACAAGAUUUCGCGCAGUACCCCAAUCCACACUCAUAGUACACCAAUUCGCAUAGACAGUUCACCAAUCAACGCUCACCAAUCUAGAAGCCCUUCGAACUCUGACACUCAAAUUAUGUCAACCGCCGACUCCGAACCGACCACUGAUGAAGAAGGUGAUGUUGCAAGCUCUUUAAAAUGGCCUCAUUCGGUGUCUAUGAUUCAGAUGCUGGCUUUCUUCGAUGCUUCUACGCGACCCAAAACUCACAUCAAAGCCGCUUGGUCAGAGGUCUUUGGCAGCCCACACGUGUACAAGAAAUCUACUGUUACACGUUAUCGCCGAUGGCUUGGAUUUGUGCCUCGAUCAACACUGGAUAAGUAUAUUACAACACAUGGUUCCAAGAAGACUAUUCGUCAGGCCACAAGAUACUUUCACGACGCGUGGGCCAAAAGUGCAAAAGUUGUUGACAGUAAACCUACAAAGCAUCAUAAGACUUGA